CACACCUCUGAUGGACUGCUGAACGUGUGCGGCGGUAAUGGCUGCCAGGGAGAGUGAGGAAGACAACAAAUGAACCCUGAGACACGAUUCAAAGGAUGGUAAGCAGCCAGCCGAAGUACGAGCUGAUCCAGGAGGUGGGGCGUGGCAGUUAUGGUGUGGUCUAUGAAGCAGUGGUAAAGCGCACUGGUGCCCGUGUGGCGGUAAAAAAGAUCCGCUGCCACUCUCCAGAGAAUGUAGAGCUUGCCUUGCGGGAGUUCUGGGCUCUGAGCAGCAUCCAAAGCCAGCACCCAAACGUUAUUCACCUGGAGGAGUGCAUUCUGCAGCGGGACCAGCUGGCCCAGAGGAUGAACCAUGGUUCCUGUUCACCACUGUACCUCGAGCUUGUGGAGACGUCUCUUAAAGGUGAGAUCACGUUUGACCCAUGCUGUGCCUACUACCUGUGGUUUGUCAUGGACUUCUGUGAUGGAGGUGACAUGAAUGCCUACCUUUUGUCACGCAAGCCCAGUCGCAAGACCAACACCAGCUUCAUGCUCCAGCUGGGCAGCGCCCUGGCCUUCCUGCACCGCAACCAGAUCAUCCACCGUGACCUCAAACCGGACAACAUCCUUAUCUCCCAGAGCUGCACGCCAGCCGGCUCACCGGAGCCAACCCUCAAAGUGGCCGACUUUGGAUUGAGCAAGGUCUGCUCCACCUCUGGUCUCAACUCAGAGGAGCCGGCCAGUGUCAACAAGUGCUUCCUGUCCACAGCGUGUGGAACAGACUUCUACAUGGCCCCGGAGGUCUGGGAGGGCCACUACACAGCAAAGGCAGAUAUCUUUGCCCUGGGGGUGAUUAUCUGGGCCAUGGUUGAGCGCAUCACUUUUGUGGAUGUGGAGACUCAGAAGGAGCUGUUGGGGAGCUAUGUGCAGCAAGGCUCAGAGAUUGUCCCCUUAGGAGAGGCCCUGUUAGAGAACCCAAAAAUGGAGCUGUUGAUUCCUGCCAGAAAAAAGAGCAUGAACAGCCACAUGAAGCAGUUGAUCAGAGAGAUGCUGUCGGCUAACCCUCAGGAACGGCCGGACGCAUUUGAACUGGAGCUUAGACUGGUCCGUAUUGCCUGCAGAGAGCUGGACUGGGACACGUGAUGGACCACAGGGGACGCCACAGAUUCAACCCGCCAAGCACAUGUACACAUCAGUGACUACACGAUCCCAUAUUGUGGUAAAUGUUGUUUUUAUUACCGGGGAACAAUAAUUUGAAUCGUACUUGUCCUGUGUCAUGACUUAAAGAUCAGCUACUGUCAUUCAGCACAUGGAGGUGCUCCGCUCGCUGUAUCUGUAUAUGGAGGAGGACAGGUGUGACGCGCACUGCUGCUACUGCUUGAAACUGCAGCUCAGUCUCAGGCAAAUCACAUCAUGGCUUCCACUUGUCUCACACAGUCUUUGCAGCAUGAUGGAAGAGCAAAACAACCUCAGAAGGUUACAGGUUCAGUUUGUCUACAAAAACAUCUUCAACUUGGUGCUAAUUAUUCCAUUUAAAUGCAGUAUGAGACAUUUUCCUGUGACUUCUCUCGGUAUCAGAGUCGAUAUUGGAUCACGGUCACGUGACGUGUAGCUCGCUGUCUUUCACACAGCCUGACCCGGUUAGACAUAUAUCUCAUCCCGGCCCCUCACCACCAGCAUUAAUCGCCUCACAGUUAAUUCACGCUUUCAUCAAAUUCUGAUUUGAAAGUCUUUAAAUUUGCAGGAGUCGUGAUUUGAAUUUGGUGAAUUGAUGUUGCUUUUGUGAGCUGUCCAAAAAAAAACCCUCUGGACUGCGAUGACGAUUUCACCAAAGAUACUUAUUCCACAUUUUUUGUGAGUUGUUCAUCCCUUUGAAUGGAUGUGUGAAGGUAAAUUCAGGCUGCAUUUUAUUUUAUGUAUUGAUAUUUUUUCUUUCUGUUCAGAAAGAAAAAGUGGUCCCUCUUUUUCUGCUUACACAAUCUAGCAUUAGGUGAUCAGUCCUUAUCUGAUUUCGGUGGGAUUGAAAGGCCAGUAUCGAUCCUGUCCUGAGUUUUCCCACAUUUUGUUUUGGCACUCCAGUUGGGUUUUUGGUUCUGCUGCAUGUGAGCAGUGACACACACACACACACACACACACACACACACACACACACACACACACACACACACACACACACAAAAUCCAUGGACCAAACAGGCGACUAAACAAAAACAAAAAGCUCUCCCUGCUCUGCUAUGAGCUGAUUGGCUCAUUCAGGUGUCUGUUAGUACUUGAUUGGUUGUGCAGUGCAAUCAUAUUGAGAAGUACAUUACUUGCCUGAUCAUAAAUUUUCCAGAAAGAUAGUUUGGACCAUCUGUGACUGAAGGUUACGGGGUAAAAACUACAGAACACGGUGAUAAAGGUCAAUUUCAGUUUGUAGAGUGCAAAACAAGUUAAACUAUUGGUUAAGUUAAUGGGGUUUUAAACCAACAUUCGUCAUGGUCAAACUGUUCCAUUCAUUAAUCCCAUUAGCUCAGCCAAUAAUUUGCGUAACUUUAUUUAUUUAUUUUUACCCAAUUUUGAGCAGUGUUAACUUUUGACCUCUGUACAUACUAAAAUGUUUGUGGUUUAUACCACAUAACUCUAUUAUAUUCAGUCUUUGCUCAAACUAUACAUUUCUGGCAUCAUUAGGAUCAGACAAAUAAUGUGGUAUACUUUGCAGUUUUUGUUUUUUAUUUCAUAAUCUUGACCUCCACCUGCAUGCCUAGCUGUAGCUGCCAUGCUGGUGAUGGCUGCCCAUACGGUCAGUGUGUUGACCAUGGUUUAGUGAAGCUGGAUUGUGAGCAUCAUUUGAAAAUUCUGUAACAGUUUUCUUUUCCAGCAGGCUGGAGCUCUUAAAAAAGGAACUGGUUUCCUUGAAAGCAGACUGGUGGUGUUAACCCUCUCACUCCUGUGUGAAACCAUGAAGAUGUUAUAUUUUGUUGCUGCUAUUGUGUAGCACUAGAUAAUUAAAUGUCUGCAAUGUGAUCAUCCUGAAUGUUGAUCAGCUUCUUGUGCUACUUACAGCAGCUUAAAAGCAGCUGACUCUGUGGUGUCACACAGUGGAGACGCAGUUACCUCAGCAGAGACGUUCAUGUCUGUGGGUCCUUGGAGAUGGAGAGACACCUGGGAGAAGCUCAUGGAGUCAGGAGGUUGCUGGACAGAGGUGUUUGGUGAUGCCGAUACCUUUUGCAGAAAAAAAAACAAAUCCAGGUUUUUGGGUCCAGGUGCUUCUUGUUGUGCUGUAGAUUUGAGACUUGGAUGCUAACCAGAGGCCUAAUGGGAUGAAUGAAUGUGUUUGCUAUGAUGUUGACAUCGUGCUUGACUCACUACUGACUAGUCGAGAAGUGUAGAAAAUUGAUUUAGAUCAGUCAAAAAAAAAGAAACAAACAAAACAUAAUUGCAACAUCUUUUCUAAAUGGGACAGAUGCCAUGUCACGUCUCA